CCCCCCCCCGGGCCCCGCCCCUCCCCCGCCCCCCCGCGGGCGGCGCCUCCUGGGGGUGGGGCCGGAGCCGGGGCCCCUCCCCCACCUCGGGGCCCCCCCCGGGAUUUGGGGACCCCCCCCGGAGCCCCGGCCCCGCCCCCGCGGCCCCUUCAGGAAUUCCUCGCUGGCCCCGUGGGGCCCCUCCCCCACCCCGCGGCCCCUCCCCCACCCCCGAGUGCCGCAGCUUCAACCGCAGCGAAUCCCUCAGGCUGGCGGACGAGCUGCGGGGCUGGGUGCGGAGGCACCAAAGCCAAAAGGAGCAAAAGGAGCCAAGGGGGACCCCCGGGGGGAGCCCCCCGAGCCCCCCCCGCGGGCAGUUUCAGGGUUCGCCCCCCUGGAAGGGCCCGGGGGGGGCGGGGCUGCUCCCGGCCACGCCCCUCCGGCCUGAGAGGCCCCCCCCGGGGCAGCUGCGGCUCUUGGGGGCCCCCGCGGAGCCGCCGGUGCCGGCGGCCAUCGCGCGCAGGGACGACACCUUCUACGUCGUGUCCUUCCACAGGGACCAUCUGCUCCUCCCAGCCCGGAGCCACAACAAAACCUCGAGGCCCAAAAUGUCCCUGGUGAUGCCAGCGGCGGCUCUCAACGAGUCGCUGCGCGGCCCCCAGCCCAUGAUGCAGGUGGACUGCGAGGUCAUGGACACGCGUGUCAUCCACGUGCGCCGCCCGGCCACGCCCCCCGCCCGGGCCACGCCCCCCGCCCGGGCCACGCCCACCCGCAGAGCCCGCCCAAUCAGCCUGGGGGGCGACGGAGCCUGAGCCACGCCCACUUCCGGUGAAAGACACGCCCCCUUUGCAAAGCAAGCAGGAUGAGGCCACGCCCACCCAGUGGGAUCGAGAGUUUAAGCCACGCCCCCUUUAAAACCCAAAUAUUUGAGGCCACGCCCCCAAACCCCAAAUAUCACAGGCCACGCCCCCUUUAAACCACGUGUUUGAGGCCACGCCCACUCAACGGGAUCGGGUUUAAGCCACGCCCCCUUAAAACCCAAAUAUUUGAGGCCACGCCCCCUUUAAAACUCGUGUUUGUAGCCACGCCCACUCAACGAGUUUGACAGUUUUGGCCACGCCCCCUAAAAACCCAAAUGUUUCAAGCCACGCCCUCUUUAAACCACGUGUUUGAGGCCACGCCCACUCAUAGGAUUGAUAGGUUAGCCACACCCCCUUAAAACCCAAAUGUUUGAGGCCACGCCCCCUUUAAAAGAAGGUGUUUAUGGCCACGCCCCUUCAUUAAAUUGAGUUUAAGCCACGCCCCUUCACACCCAUGUGGUUGAGGCCACGCCCCCUUAGAAACAUGUGACUUUUGAGGCCACGCCCCCUUGGGAUCAAGAGUUUAAGCCACACCCCCUUCAAAAAGAGAGUCUGAGGCCACGCCCCCUUAGAAUGAAUUUUAUUUGAAGCCACGCCCCUUUAAAAUCUGCAUGUCUGAGGCCACGCCCCUUAUUCUAAAAUCUUGUUGGUUUAGGCCACGCCCCCUUCCUAAAAAGCAUUGUUCAGGGCCUUGCCCUUCUAGUAAUUUGCAUAUUUAAGCCACGCCCUUUAUUUAAAUAGCAUUUCCAAUAAUAAUCUUUAAGCCCCAC